GAUUAUCACAGCAAUAGUUUUUCGACUUCUACAAUGUCUGGAGCGUCCAUGAAACAAAUGUUUAAUAAAAAACACAAGAUUGCAGUGCGCGUGGCAAAUGUGUUUGUAGUAUCCAUUUUCGCUGAAUAGUUAGACUCUACACUUUGGCCUUAACACAGGCCGGGGCUAAAGUUCACCGAGAGAGGGAGAGAAAGAGAGAGAGAGAGCGACAGAGUGCGGGAGGAGGGGAUGAAGGGAAAAGCAAGUAGCAAAAAAUCACAUUUCAAAGCAAAAGGACAACAGGUGUCUAGACUUAAUACAGGAGCAGAAACAGGAGAACACCGAAAAACGAAGAGAAGAAAAGGAUAAAGAAAAUGAAAAGCUGUUGACGUGAAAGACAGGCUACUGAACUCCCAGUCUGAGACGGAGGUGAAUAUUGAAAGCGUGCGAUAUUCGUUUUGCGUGUGCAUGUCUCUUUGAACACAAAGAGUGUGCUGGCAAUUGCUUCAGCGACACAGACGUGAGCGAAUUAUAGACGGAACACGCUCCGAACGUGAAAGAUGGAGGGAGGAGAGGGGAGAAGAGCAGGAGAACGAAGUGGCCGGCUGUCGGCCUUACAGGAGCAGCUGGUGUGGUCUCUACUGGGAUCGGGGCUGUCGAAAGAACUGCUGAUCCAGGCCAUGGGAGAUCUGGAGCGAGAGCGGGCCUCGGCCGGCGCAGAGAGGACGGAUCGGGCCGAUGGCGAGAGCUCGGAGGAGGGAGACAUGGACAAUCCACCUCCUAUCUUCCGUGAUCUGGAGAGGCUUCCGCCGGAGGAGGCUGCGAGGCAGAGAGCUGAAGUGGACCAGCUGCUGCAAGAGGACCCUUGGCAUGUGGCAAAAAUGAUAAAAAGCUAUAUGCAGCAGCACAACUUACCACAGAGAGAGGUGGUGGAGUCCACAGGCCUCAACCAAUCCCAUCUCUCCCAGCACCUUAACAAGGGCACACCCAUGAAGAAUCAAAAGCGAGCUGCUCUGUACAGCUGGUACGUCAAGAAAAAGGCAGAGAUCAACCAGCAGUUCACCAAUGCCAGUCGAGGCGUCAUGUCGGGAGAGGAAUCUGGGGAGGAUGUGAGAAAGGGACGGAGGAAUCGAUUCAAAUGGGGCCCGGCGUCCCAACAAAUCCUGUUCCAGGCCUACGAAAGACAGAAAAACCCCAGUAAGGAAGAGAGGGAGGGACUGGUGGAGGAGUGCAACAGAGCCGAGUGUCUUCAGAGGGGAGUUUCUCCGUCUCAGCUGGCUGGACUAGGCUCUAAUUUAGUCACAGAGGUUCGUGUAUACAACUGGUUCGCAAAUCGUCGUAAAGAGGAGGCAUUUCGCCACAAACUGGCACUGGACGUGCCAUAUAGCAGCCAAUCAGCUCCCUCCACAGGCCAGACGCUACCAUCCAGUCCUUCACCAGUUUUGAAGUACAGCCAGCCGGUGGUGUGCGAGAGUCUGGGCACAGUAAGAAGCUCCAGCGGUGAAGACAGAGGCGGCCGUCUAACUAGUCCGGUCCAACUUGAACCCAGUCAUACACUCCUGGACACACACCAUCACAAAUCAGUAUCUGGUGGUGGUUCUUUGCCUCCUGUCAGUACUCUCACUUCCCUGCAUGGACUGUCAGGAUCCUCUGCUGCCCCUCCGGGACUGAUCAUGGCCUCCCUACCAAGCGUAAUGAGCCUGGGGGAUUCCUCCCUUCUCAUAGGCUUGACGUCCUCUCAACCACAGACGGUCCCUGUCAUCAACAACGUAGGGGGAGGCUUUACUACCCUUCAGCCAAUCUCUUUUCAGCAGCAGCUUCACGCCUCACCUCAGCAGCCAAUAGCGCAGCAGCUUCAGAGUCACAUUGGCCCUAGCUCCUUCAUGGCAACAAUGGCACAGUUACCAUGCCACAUGUACAGCAAGGCAGACCUGAGCUCUUACCCGUCCUCCAGUCUCCUGUCCCAGGCUAUGGUCAUCGCAGACAGCAACAGCAUCGGGACGCUGACUAACCUCACAGCUGUUCGACAGAUUCUCACCUCAGAUCCAGAGGGUCAUUCAGACACUCCAAUUGAAGAAGAGUCUUUACAUCUGCAGUCCACUUCACCAGAGCCAGUGUCUUCUGGCAGUUUGGAGCUCUAUCCUCAGACACAGACGAGUGAAACCCAUCCUUCUCAUCUGCUCUCCUCUUCACCAGGAGAUAUAGACCCUUACAUCCCUACACAGAUGGUCUCAACUGCACAAUAGCGGCAACUGCUGAAGGAAAUACCACUGAGAACUGGUGUAACUCUAAAAUACACUGGAGAGCAAAAUUAAAUGAAAUCAAAACGAGCAGUCAUUUCUAAAAAAAAACAUACAAACAAACAGAAAAACACAUUCCUACCUGCUGCCUUCCCACACUGAGGAGGAAGAAGAAGAAAAACUUUAAACUCCAGAAAAUUAUUAAAACCUGUAAAUUAUGCUCCAGGUUCAAUUCAAAAUGCAAUCUUAUGUGAACAAUGUAUAUAAUUCAAGUUUUAGGAUUCAAAUUGUGUGACUGCAAUAAAUUACUGUGGUUCUAGA